AUCACGGCACCAUUUUACCAUUCCGUAAGGGCUUCGUGCUUAUGGCCAAUGCUGUUUGAAACGGGACCUUCAACUGCGUUACGACCAACGACCCGCUAUUACAACUAAUCUUCGAAAGGCCAUUCAUGCAUCGACGACGCGGAUGAGGCUGCAGUCUAGUGUCACCGUUCCGGUGAGUUCCUUUUAAAAGCUUUUGCAUGCUUGCUGAUGGCACUCUCCGUGAACAACUCCAUAACCCCUUGCAGAGCCCCGAGGUCUUUUGCGUUGCCAGUCCGUUCGUGACUUGCAAGCGCUCGGCAACUGUUGCACUUUCAAUCUUCACCGCUGAACCCAUCAAGAGAGCAUUGAGGCGGCCGAGACGAAUGCCAGGCGACGCUUUCCCACAGGAAGCACACGGGCUAGGGGGCGCGAGCAGUCUGGAUGAAUCGACAUCGUUGUCACAUGGUGGGAAUUCGGGUGAUGGGCGUCAGAGCGUGUCCGCACGGUGGCAAUCUUACCGAAGACCAUCAGAAGGCUCGGAGUCUUACGGGCGUCAGCAAAAACGGCUACCAGGCAUCGCGUACAUUGAUCAAUUCUUGCCCCAGAAUUUCCUUGAGUCCAGAAGGCGUGGCAUCGCGUCGGAAUCCGGACCGAGGGGAAGAACCGCCUACGGUACAUCGCAGCGGCUACCCUUUUCAACCCAUGCCGAGUCGUUACAUGCGUCGAAAUGGCGAAGCACGAGCCUUGGUCCUCGAAUCGACCAGCCUCUCCCUCCGGGUCCACUGCCGAACGAACAAUCAUUACACCGUCAGGAACAUUCGUCGCUUUUGCCAGCUCCCGUCCACCCGUGGCGAGCGCCGUACGGGCAAACCCACUACAGAGAUGAGUCUCCAGGACCAGGCAACGCCCCUGUCCAUCAGCCUAUGAACCCACAAACUCGGACGCAACUCAGCGCACAAGAUUGGCCUCCCGAGCUCCCCAUGCUUUCUGGUUCGGCGAUUCGGAUAGAACCGCAAUAUCAGCUGGCCCACAGCGCCAGCGGUAGCCGGCAGUUCCAGGGUGCUGCUGCAGAUUCAACUGAUUGGCAAGCCACCUCUUUCUCUGAUUCACCUGGGCCUGCUGAUGAGUACGCUCCCAGCUACUUUGACCGCGUCCUGUACCGACGGCAAAGAAGCAUCAGCCAGUCAGCCUUACCCUCGGACCAGCACGCUGUGCGCCACCACCCGUACUUGAGUCCGACCAUGGCGGCCUCGCACGGUGGAUAUGUCGAUGCCAGUGAGGUACCGUCUCCACAAGUACCUCCGUCAACGAUGCUCGUCGUCAACGGGCCAAAUUCGCCAAACCAGUACCCUUCGCUUGCACCGAGACGGAGGGGCAAGCUGCCGAAAGAAGUGACCGAUACGCUCCGUACAUGGCUGCUGGACCAUGUCGCACGUCCCUACCCGACAGAAGAAGAGAAGCGCCGACUGUGUGAGGCGACGGGUCUGACGAUGAGUCAGAUAUCGAACUGGUUCAUCAAUGCGCGACGGCGGAUCCUAACGCCCGUCGACACGACGAGCGCCGACACGAUUGCUCAAGACACAGCCGUCGGCACUUCCCCAUUGGACCAGUCCGAAUCGCCCAGGGCCAGCAAAAGUAUUGCCUGAGUCUACCUCCAUGCGACGCAACCUUUUUCCCUUUCAACUUGCCGAGAUACAUUGAAGGUGCGCUUUAUACCACCGAACGCUUUCAUCGUCGCCAGUGUAUCUCUUUUGGCAAGCGUGGAAUGCCGC